AUGUCGGACCACUUCAUGAUUUCAUUUGAAUUUGAUCUUCAGAAACUCCCUCCGGUCAAAAAGUGUGUUGUGUGUAGAAACAUUAAAGGUAUUCCUCUGGAUGUUUUCAGAGAGGAUUUGUUGAGUUCCAAGCUUGUCUUGAAUCCUACAUCAGACAUCGAUGAACUAAUGGACCUGUAUGUCUCCACACUGGACGACCUGCUAGACAAGCACUCACCCUCUGUUACUCGAACAAUCACAGUUCAGCCAAAUGCACCUUGGUACAAUUAUGACAUACAGACGGCAAAAGUACACAGGCGUAGAACAGAACGGAAGUGGAGCAAAUCUGGUUUAGAAGUUGACAGGCAAAUAUAUCAGCAAGCAAGAACCGAUUUGAAGAAACUCAUCCGGAAUGCUAAGUUAACAUACUGCCGUGAGAUGAUUCUCUCCAACUCAAACAACCCUAAAGUUCUUUGGAAUCAACUGUCAAAACUCCUAGGAAAAGGAGAUCCAAAGCCACUUCCGACAGAGGAAAGUGAUGAGAUUCUCUCUGAGAAGUUCAAUUCUUACUUCAUAACUAAAAUUGACAAUAUCAGAGCAGUGUUAAGAUCUUUGCAGUCUUCAACACCCAAGGAUAUCACGGCCCACGAUCAUAUCUCAGGGGAAAGACUUGCACAGUUUGAACCUGUGUUGGAAAGUGAAGUGCUAACCCUCCUCAAGAAAUCCAAGCAGACGACCUGUGAACUAGAUCAUAUUCCCACGAGUCUGCUGAUGAAGGUGAGCGAUGUUCUGAUUCCUGUCAUCACACACAUCGUCAACACCAGUUUACAGACUGGACGUGUUCCCAAAGCUUUCAAAGAAGCCGUGGUGAAGCCUCUCCUGAAAAAGCAGAACCUUGAUGUGAACACUUUGAGCAAUUACCGCCCGGUAUCUAAUCUUUCCUUUACCUCGAAGAUACUAGAGAAAGCUGUUGCAAAACAGCUAACUCAACAUCUGGAUACCCACGGAUUGUCUUGCAAAUUUCAAUCAGCAUACAAAAGAUCACACAGCACCAAGACGGCCCUGGUGCGAGUUGUGAACGAUUUGCGCUCAGUGGUUGACCGUGGUGACUUAGGGAUGCUUGUGCUGUUGGAUUUAUCCGCAGCUUUCCAUACAAUCGACCAUGAGAUCUUGAAGUAG